AUGUCUCCUUCUAUCACCAACCCCAAGACCUAUAGCAUCGCCUCCAUCCCUGCUGAUGGCAUUGGCCCAGAGGUCAUCGAGGCUGGUAUUACUGCCCUCAACGCUCUGACUGAUACCCUGAAGACAUUUAAGCUCGAGUUCAAAAACUACGAUUGGAGCUCUGAGACAUUCAAGAAGACUGGAAAGUACAUUCCCGAUGGUGGACUUGAUGAGCUAAAGAAGCAUGAUGCUAUCUUCUUCGGUGCCGUUGGUGCCCCAGAUGUCCCUGACCACAUCUCUCUCUGGGGUCUGCGUCUGGCUAUUUGCCAGCCCAUGCAACAAUACGCCAAUGUGCGUCCUACACGCAUUUUCCGCGGCACUGAGUCUCCUCUCCGCAACUGUAAGAGCGGUGACCUUGACUGGGUCAUUAUUCGUGAGAACAGUGAAGGUGAAUACGCCGGCCAGGGUGGUCGCUCGCACACUGGCAAGCCCUGGGAAGUUGCCACUGAGGUCUCCAUCUUCUCUCGCCAUGGUGUUGAGCGCAUCAUGCGCUUUGCUUUUGAGACUGCCCAGAAGCGUCCUCGUAAGCUCUUGACUGUUGUGACUAAGAGCAAUGCUCAGCGUAACGGUAUGGUUCUCUGGGAUGAGGUUGCCAAGUCCGUUGCUCAGGACUUCCCUGAUGUUACCGUUGAUAAGAUGCUGGUUGAUGCCAUGACCACUCGCAUGGUUCUGAAGCCCGAGAGCUUGGACACGAUUGUUGCUACCAACCUGCACGCUGAUAUCCUUUCUGACCUGGCUGCUGCCCUUGCUGGAUCUAUUGGUAUCGCCCCUACCUCCAACCUUGACCCUUCCCGCCAGUACCCCAGCAUGUUCGAGCCUAUCCACGGCUCUGCUUUUGAUAUCACAGGAAUGGGUAUCUCUAACCCCGUGGCUACUUUCUGGACUGCCGCAGAGAUGCUUGCCUGGUUGGGUGAGGAGGAAGCCUCUAAGAAGUUGCUGGUCUGCGUGGAGAACGUUUGUGAGCAGGGUGUCCUGACUCGCGAUUUGGGUGGAAAUGCCACUACAAAGGAGGUUACUGAUGCAGUUGUUGCCGAGAUUAAGAAGCUGGGCUCUAAGGCAUAA